AAAGGCGACGCCCUCACACCAGUAGAAUUACCGGCUGCAUGGAGUAAGGAGCAAGCAGUGGUGGCCCCUCGAGCGGAGGCUUCCACUUCUACCUUUCCGGCAUACAGCAUGGAGGCUCUUUCUUGGUUACAACAAGCAGAUCCAGUGGUGGCGUCUUUCCUCAAGUAUUGGCAGCGGGGGGAGAGACCGAUUCGGGAGAAGAGGCGUGCAAAGUCAACGAGGGUUCUGGAGCUGUUGCGUCAAUGGGAAAGAGUGGUAGAACGGAAAGGUGUGUUUUACCGUAAGCGCGAGAGCCCAAGACAGGGCCCGCAGGAGCAGAUAAUAAUGCCUAGGGCGUUGCAGACAGAGGUACUGGUGCAGAUGCAUGGAGGCCAUGGUCACCAAGGUAUUGAGCGGAGCUUUAAAUUGGUGAGUGGGCGUUGUCUUAGCAGUCGUUUCUGUUUAUUGUUCAGCCUAGAAAUAUCUUUAUUAAUUCCAAAUUAAUUAAUAAAGAUCAUAUAUUUUUAAUAAUAUGUUGUUGUUCUGCCUGCUAAUUGUACUGAACCUCCAGGGUCACAUAUAUAAACUCAUACAUGAUUCAUCUUGUGACAAGGUUGGACAAAGUUACGAAUGAAUUUUUGAUGCAUUCUUUAAAUCCUUAAAUAGGACAGGAGUUUGUUAAGAGCAGCAGACAGCCUCAUCCUCCUCCGCUGUUGCCCCUCUGCAGUGUUUGAUACAGAACCACUGGGUUAUGAUUUCUUGUUAAAUGUGGUGCUCUCUGCUGGGGUAAAGUGAGAAUUUAGUUUGCAAAAGCAAGCUAUUGCAUGAUUAGAAAUGUUUAAAUAUUUAUGUGUCCAUUCAUAUGAUAAAUUACUGUGAACUUAGAGAAGUUUCUAGAUAAUGAAUGUCCACAUGUGGCUCUGAAUAUGUAUGCAGCGACUGUACAGCUGAAGUUAUGGGGAGUGUAAAAAUGGAUAAAUGUUCUUAAGCCUAAUAGGAGGAAAAGGAAAGCACAAAAAACAGCAGAAUAGCAGGAAAUAAAAGGCUCUGGAGGCUAUUCAUCACAUUUCUGGAUUUGUUUUCUGUUCAAAGAUGGAGCGCUGACUUUAAAUUGAGGGUUUAUCUUUUAAAGUAGGAGAAUGGAGAGACAAAGGUGGCAGAGAAAAGUAAAGAGUAAGUCAUUUGUAGAAAUGUGUCACUGCUCUCUCCCUCUGUGGUGCACACACACUCACUCACUCACACACACACACACACACACACACACACACACGCUCUACCCCUUACAGCUUAUCACUAAGUGCUCCAGGUGAGUCGGUGAUUUAGACCAGUCAUUUCCGAGCCUCUCUGUCUGCCUGUAAUGACUCUAUCCUAGACCUGCUGGCACACAGAGAUACUGAGAGCUGGAGUGAAGCUGAACAGCGACUACUGGGGACGGACCCUCCGCAGUGACUGAUGAUCAAUUAGACCCCGGGCUCUCCAACUUUUCUUUUUUUUUAUUUCUGCAGGUCUCUGAAUGGAUCACCCACUCUGACAAAUUUGGGGAUUUUAGUUUGGAAAUAUUUCCUCCACCAUCAUUUUGCACAAAUGGACCAAACGAUGAUUUAUUUCCUGUCUUUGUACAACCGUGA